UCCCACUCAAACCCAUGACAGAGGCGCUCAGGCGCGGUAGUGGCUAACAAGUCGACUGCAGGUAAACAGUCACUACACAGCAGAGCAUUUGUGUGAAGUUAAUUUUUAACCUUCCAGACUUUAUUAUUAGUACAGCGUGUCGCCGCUAGGCUGAGAAGAGAGCAAACCAUCACCGGCUGAAGCCCGUGAAGUAACAUUAAUAAACGUAGAAACAUCGCCAGCUAACAGUUAGCAAACAGACAAACGUCUCCGAAAACUGAAGCUUUAAUUUCCAGCCAGCUUUUAAUUUUCCUCCGCGAGCCGCUCAGACAGCCUUCCGGGAGACCAUCAGCGACACAAAGAUAUGCAGUCAUCACAGCAGCGCUGACGGGCCCGACUCUGGUUUAACACGACCAUGGAGUCCUCCUCUGAGUCCCAGCAGGAGCCUGAAAAAACUUUGCACCAUGCAGAGUUGAGAGAACACCAUGCCACCUCCGCUGCCAUAGUGUGCGGGGAUGACACCGUGCUUCUGACCCCAGGCAGGAUGAGCCAGCGCCAGGUGAAGGAGCGGGACAAGGAGAGGGACAAGGAGGCGGGCCUCCAGACACCCAACAGGGAACACGUCGCCACCCCCUCCACCCUGAGCCCGGGGGUCAGCUACAGCCAUGGUUUCGAGAGGGGGAAGGAGGACCUCUUGCCUCUGCCUUUGAAAGAGGACUCACAUUCCAUAUCUAAGAGCAAGUCUGAAACAAAGCUGUACAAUGGCUCAGACAAGGAUGUGUCAGCGUCUGGAGGAAAGCUCACCAAGAAGGAAUCCCUCAAGGUGCAGAAAAAGAACUACAGGGAAGAGAAGAAGAGAGCAACUAAGGAGCUGCUCAGCACCAUCACUGAUCCUUCUGUCAUCGUCAUGGCCGACUGGCUGAAGAUCCGUGGCACUCUGAAGAGCUGGACCAAGCUGUGGUGUGUGCUGAAACCAGGCGUCCUGCUCAUCUAUAAAACCCACAAAAAUGGACAGUGGGUGGGAACGGUGCUGCUCAAUGCCUGUGAGCUGAUCGAGAGGCCCUCCAAGAAGGACGGCUUCUGUUUCAAGCUCUUUCAUCCACUGGAACAGUCCAUCUGGGCUGUCAAGGGACCUAAAGGAGAGGCGGUGGGCUCCAUCACACAGCCGUUACCCAGCAGCCACCUCAUCUUCCGUGCUGCCUCCGAGUCUGAUGGCCGAUGCUGGAUGGAUGCCUUAGAGCUGGCCCUGAAGUGCUCCAGUCUGCUGAAGAGAACCAUGAUCCGCGAGGGGAAAGAGGACAUGAGCACAGUUACCAGCGGAGGAGAACACUCCAUUAAUUUCUACAGCCUCCUCCGAGCUCACAACAUGCAUGGUUUCCAGUUCAACGACAGCGACCAUUUAAAAGAUCCGGAUCUGUACUCAGACAAAUCAGACAGGGAGGGAGAGCAGGAUCACGAGGAGUCAGACCCAGAAGGCCUGGAGAAGAGCGAGGAGAGCGACAGCGACACAUCAGAGCGCCAAGACGACUCGUACAUCGACCUGGACCCCAACGAACAUCUGCGGGAAACCCCAUACCUGGAGCAGUCCCACGAGGAGUUGGGGGAGGCUGGUGAGGCUGCCCAGACAGAAACCGUAUCAGAGGAGAAUAAAUCUCUGAUCUGGACCUUGCUGAAGCAGGUCCGACCUGGCAUGGAUCUGUCCAAGGUUGUACUUCCCACUUUCAUCUUGGAGCAAAGAUCCUUCCUGGACAAACUCUCUGACUACUACUACCAUGCAGACUUCCUGUCAGAAGCUGCCAUUGAAGAGAAUGCCUACAACCGAAUGAAGAAAGUGGUCAAGUGGUACAUAUCUGGAUUUUACAAAAAGCCAAAGGGGUUGAAGAAGCCUUACAACCCCAUUAUUGGAGAGACGUUCCGCUGCAUGUGGCUCCAUCAGAAGACCAACAGCAAGACGUUCUACAUCGCAGAACAGGUAUCCCAUCAUCCCCCAGUGUCAGCCUUCUAUGUCAGUAACAGGAAGGACGGGUUCUGUCUCAGCGGCAGCAUCCUGGCCAAGUCCAAGUUCUAUGGAAACUCGCUGUCGGCCAUUUUAGACGGGGAGGCUCGGCUCACUUUUCUCAACCGAGGGGAGGACUAUGUGAUGAACAUGCCCUACGCUCACUGUAAAGGAAUCCUGUAUGGAACCAUGACCCUGGAGCUGGGCGGUCAGAUCACCAUUGCAUGUGAGAAAACGGGCUACAGUGCUCAGCUGGAGUUCAAGCUGAAGCCUUUUCUGGGCAGCAGUGAUAGUGUCAAUCAGGUUUCUGGAAAGAUCAAGCUGGGAAAAGAGGUGUUAGCGACGCUAGAAGGACACUGGGACAGCGAAAUCUUCAUCAACGACAAAAAGACGGGAACGAUGGACACUUUUUGGAACCCCACUCCGGAUCUGAGGCAGAGCCGGCUGACCCGCUGCACCGUCCCACCAGAGGAGCAGGGGGAGUACGAGUCAGAAAGACUGUGGCAGCAUGUGACGCGGGCCAUCAACAACAAGGACCAAACCGAAGCCACCAAUGAGAAGUUCAUCCUGGAGGAAGCUCAGAGGAAGUCAGCCCGCGAGCGGAAAGCCAAAUGCGAGGAGUGGAUCCCUGCCCUGUUCGAGCAGGACUCUGUCACCGGAGAGUGGCAUUACAGAUAUGCCGAUACGAGGCCGUGGGAUCCACUCAAUGACUUGAUCCAGUUUGAAAAAGACGGCUGUAUCCAGACCAAGGUCCGACACCGCACCCCUAUGGUACGUUCUGGCAGUCUUAUUAGUCUGAGUAACCAGGGGCCGCGGAGGGACAAUUGCAAGUGCCAGGUAACGGUGCCAAAGAGGAAACACAAGAGCGACAAGCCCAAGAGCCCAGAGAGCGGCUGCUCUUCACCCGAACCCGACCGCCAAGACUCAUCUGGCAGCGAACGUGAGCUACGCACCUUCACACCCACAUACAAAUAGACACAGGAUAACAUGACUAAAACGAGCUGUAAAACAUUUAGUUACACUAACCGUCAUACAUUAUCAUUCUUACAAAUACACAGCAGCUCAAAAACAUCUAAGAAAUAAAGUUAGGAAUGGAACUUACAUUUUUUAUAAGCCUGUCAAUCACGAAACUGCAGCGUAAAACAGCUCUGAACAAGAAAAGCACUCAGAGAGUGCAGUACUUUGCCAAGGCUGCUCAGUCAUUCUGUGAUGUCCGGCAGCUGAAAUCUUUAAAAAAAAAAUAGUCGUGGCAGAAAUCACAGCACCAUAGAAUGUGGCCAUUUAUUAUAGAUGUACCCACAAACAAAAUGACCUUACGCCGAGCACAGGCGUGUGUUAUGCACGUGUACGUUAUGUAUGGAUACCAAAUUGCAUGACCUAAAUAUGUAGCGGGCGGCAGGAAUUGAUGGGACUAGGAAACACCCCCAUAAUUUAAUCAGUUGUUCCUUGUAUAGUAAGAAAGCAAUCAUGUGAUCAUCAGAAGCCAGCUGAUGUAGUGUUCACUUGUUAUCACAGUAAGAGUGACGCUGUGCUGCUAUCUCGCAAUGAUACAGAAAUCUUUAACAAAUCUGUGGAUCCAGACUAGAGGCCACAUCACCGCCAAAAUCGAAUCACUUGGUCCUUGUGUCAUUUCUGACCUUCCCUGAAAAUUCCAUCUAAAUCCAUUUGUCCAUAUUUAAGUAAUGUUGCACACAGAUAAACAGGCAGACAAACAUCUGCCGGUCGUCACAUAACUCUGCCACGUUCCUUGGCGGAGUAAUAAUAAAAUAGGAAUAUUAUUCUUUCUCAAACUGACCUGAACCUGAAAUUUCUUAAGAAAAAUAAAUGAAAUUUUAACAAUAUUAUGCGUCGGUUUAUCAUUUGUAUAUUACAAUUUACACAUCAGUGUGUCUAUAAAGGCACCAAACAUUUAGUUGUAGGUGUCUGACACUGAACAAUUAGUAUUUACAACUUGUCAGGAUCUAGAAAUCAUUUUAAAUAUAUGUUCAUUUCCACAUCUGUGUAGUAGUCCUGAGUACCACAUCAAACAAACUAAAGUAGGAACUAUUAAGGAAGAAGGUUAAGUUGCAGAGUGUGGCUGCCCCCCUCUUCAAGGUGGUGUCUUCCUUCCUUUCUUCUAGCCUCGGUGCCUCGCCAUGUCUUGAUGAUGUCAUGUUGGGUGGGUGUGUGAGUCUGUGUAUGUGUGUGUGUGUGCUUGCGUGGGUGUGUGCAUGUGAAUGGCUGUCUAUAUGUAGGGAGGGUGGAGAGUUGGUUUUUUUAUUUUUAUUUCUACUUUUAAUUGUAUUUAUUUAUUGUCUUCUUUGUUUUUACAUUCUUGUGAAGCACUCUGUGUUGUUCUGCAUGAAAAGUGCUAUACAAAUAAAUAAAGUUCAAGUUGUUCCCCUGCCUUGUAAACGUAUAAAAUUUAUACAAAGAAAAUGCACAAAAGUUAUGGCAGUACAUCAACAAUAGAGUUCAACUAAACCAAACUAUUGUGCAUUUAAAUAUUUUCACAGUAAGUAUUCAUUUUCACUUCUGUAUUUUUUGCACUUUGCAAAGUCAUCCUGUGGGCCAGUUUCGGCCCACAGGCCUUAUGUUUGACUCCCCUGUCCUAGAGGGUCGCUAACAACCUUUAGGUAACCUGGGAUGUUAAAUACAAGUAAUAGCAGAUCAUGUUUGUUUUUCUUUUUGUUGUUUUUGUUCCCAGCUUGACCUUAUUAUGAUGAUAACUGCAGACGCAAUAAUGAAGAAUUUAAUUUCGUAAUUUUAUUACAGUAGAGUAACAUGGUUGUGCAGCACUUGGGUAACAGGUUUAGAGCAGAGCUUACUUCUGGAUAUUGAAGGCUCUGCAAAUGAAGAUGCUACCAAGGCUAUUUAGAAUGUGGAAUUCAGAUUUGGGCCUUACAUAAACCCAUUAAUUUAAAAGCAGAACCAGACCAUGAGACUGAUGAAGCUAGCCCAAACGAUAGUUUAGCCCGAAAGGAAUUAGAACCACAUUUAGUUCAACCUCCCUGAUGUCAUUGCUAAUACACACAAAUGGUUUCACUAAUGUAUUCUGAAAAGGUUACAAGCAACAUGGUUUUAAUACACGGCCUAAUCUGCCUUACAUAAACGGUGGGUCAUUCGUGCAUUUAGAGGUUUAAUUUAAUUUGGUGAAAAAUGUAGAAACGCUCUCUAAUGUUCUUUGUUGCAGGACACAAAGCAAACACAACAGUCGACUGAGGAAAAAAGGAGCAGACCUCAGUGAACUUCAAAGUGCCAUUGAA